GAAGGUCUGAACAUGCAUCUCUCAUCGGUCCACUCCGCGGAAGAAGAACGGUUCAUCGUAUCCGGCAUCAGACAAAGUAGUGACUACAGCGCUGGUGCGGUUUACUGGCUGGGUGUCAAAGUCCAAAGACCAGGGCAGAACUUCAGCUGGGUGGAUGGAAGUAUCUUUGAAUAUCAAGCGUGGCCACCUUACAAUGAUACAGAAGAUAUGGAAGAGGCGUGUUUAGGUGUACAGUGGAGAACAUCUCCAGUUCCGUCGCAGCCGAGCGGACUGUACUGGUCGCAGCAUAAAUGCGCGGUCACCGGCGGAUACAUCUGCAAGCGACGUCUCAACCCUGAACACAUCCUUAAGAACAACACUGUUGAAGGCAACUCAGGAGAACUAUCCAGUCCUAAUUACCCGGGUCUGUAUGACAAUGACGUGGACUACUGGGUGCACGUGUCGGGUCCGCCGGACACGCGGCUCGUCUUUGUCUUCAACUCCAUCGAUCUCGAGUACCAGAAUGAUUGCUUGUACGAUUUCGUAGAAUUGAAGGAUGGCUUAAGUAGCAAGUCGUCGCGCUACUGUGGCUCACUGGGAGAGACGAGAUGGGUCGCCACCAGCAACCAAGCUACUCUACAUUUUCAUUCUGAUUACAAUACUCAAGGAUCUGGUUUCUCGUUAUCCUGGCGCGCAGUAGAGCUGGCCGGGUGUCCAUUUCAGACAUUCACCUCAAAGGAAGGUCAGCUGCGGAGUCCCAACUACCCGCAGUUCCUGCUGCCCGGCCUCGAUUGCACCAUCGAUAUACUGGCACCUUCAGGGAAGCGUAUAUUUCUCAACAUCAGCCAUUUUGAUUUCGGCUACGGUACAUUCGCGAACGGAGUUCCCAUCAAUGUUUCCGAAGCGAUACCGGAGGAUACGUUCCUUGAGGUCCAGAUCGAUCCCGACAGCACCCCGAUACGUCCCUUUGUUGACUCAAAGAUCCUCACGAACGGACUUUUCGUGUCACAAUCUGAAAUAAUGAGACUAAGGCUGAGGACUGGUGAGAACGUCACCGGCGCUGGCUUUCUUGCGUUAUUCAAGACUGUAAGCUACCUAAACUUGAGCCACGUAUUGGAACUAAGUGACCGAAGUUCCGGUAGACUGUCAGCCCCUAACUGGCCAGGCUCGCCUCCUCUAAGAGCUAAGAUCUCCACUAGAAUCCUGGCACCGCACGGACACACUUUGUCUGUAGCCUUUGCGAAGACCCGUCUCGUCGCUCCGCCUUCCAAAACUUGGCCCUGCGGUGAAGGCAAAGGGUGGAUUGAGGUAAAAGACAGUUACACGGAUAACAAUGGUACGGAGUGGACUCUGUGUGAGGUAGGCAGAGGCAGCAGGAUGGCGGAGAGCAGCGCACCGCUCGUUAUCAACUCCUACCUGCACUCGCUGGCGGUGACGCAGCACGCCGGCGACCGCGGCGUCAGCAUCGAUGUGUUGCUUCUCGUCAGGAAAGACCCCGAGUAUCACAACAAGCUGCUACUUAUUCCCGAGGAGACAAAUCUGGAGUCCUGUUACCCUAACCCUUGUCUGAACGGCGGCCUGUGCGCCUCCGACGAUACGAAGAAUUUCUGCCAAUGCGCUGGAUAUUAUACUGGUAGGUUGAAUAUGACUCACAGGAUGUCUUCGAUUAGAACUUGUUGUGUUAAAAUUAUUUUUCGACAGGUAUUUUCUGUCUGCUGA